AUGAGUACAGUUCACUUACAUGUACACUCUGUACAUGUACAUGUAUAAUGUACAUAUCUACACGUAAAGUUCGUUAUGUUUACAUCAGAUUGAACAAAAAUACUAGCAAAAUGUGACUAUCGAUAAUGAAAUGAUCGGCACUUUGAACUGAAAUUGAAGAGAUCUGUAUUCGUCAGCACUAGUUUGCAUUUCUUGGAGAGACAUGGUAACAUCCAUGGCAAGCAACUGGCGAGGAUAUUUUGAGGAAGACACCGCUCCAUUGACGGCGAGGGAGCGCGAUCGUCUCUAUAAUGACAGGCCUCAAAGUUGGACAGCAUUUAAUCCCAGACAAGUCCAGAAACUCACACAAAAGCAUCCAGCAAGAUCCAACUCUAAGAUUGAGAUCAGUCACAGGAUGAGGACGUAUGUGCCAGACUGCGUGAUACCUAAGCCUACUGAUCCUUUCCGUCUGUGGAUUGAAAGCGGUCGCAAGGGUGCCCCCUUCCCACCACGAUGGGACCCAGAAUACAACAGCAAUGUCUGGAGGAACUUUAGUAGCCGAGUUGGUUACCGAGUGGAUUCCCAGGGAAGGAACAUUUCAGAGUUGGUGGCUGAUAUGUAUCCGAUCAAGAUCCCUCCUCACUCAGAGAUGAGUGACAACACAUUUGUCAAGUUUCUGAGUGAAGUGCCGAUGAUUAAAGACCAGAAACGUCGAGACUUGGCUGUCUGUCGCUCAGUUCGAGAACUCAAAGACUUCAAGGAGUUGAAACUGCGCAGUGAGAUGCGCGUGCCACCUAUUACUGAACGUGGUGACAUUGUCCCUCCAAAAGGUUUCAAGAAAUAUGAGCAUCGGAGACUAACAACACCAGAGAGCACUCACACACAGUCAUUGCGACAAAUGACUGAGCUGGAGAGGGACAGUCAACGUAGUGUGUUAGGCACACACAGAACAGUUGGUACCAGACUGUGGAAAUUGACGUUUAAAGAGAACCACCCAGACUACGAGAAAAUGAAAGCAGAUCAACAAGAUAAACUGCUGCAUCCUCCUAAAAGUCCAAUUCCAGGAGAAAUAUGGUUCCAGUAAUGGGGCCACUGCUGAGCUGUAGAGGGUGCUAGGGUUGAAUCAAUAGCAUUUGAAACUAACCUGCAUAUUUCAGACGUUUGUAAUUUUCUGCAUUUGCUGUUUUUGAUGCUGUACAUGUACAUGUGGCUCACUUUUAGCAAAGCAUAUUUUACAAGGACAAAUCACACAAACAUAUUAGAAAUCUAGCACUUGUAACAUCAAGUUCUUUUUCCAUCAAGUGUGGCUAAAAGAAAUGUCUUUAUAUAUUAUAUUUAUUUUCAAACAAUCUUUUCUGAAUGUGUACUUUUUUGUAAUCUUUGUACGAUUAUAUUUUGAACCAAUGUAGAUUAACAAAGCUGCAAUUAAUUGAAGCCUGAACUUCAUCAUUUGUAGGCCCAUUCAAAUUAUGAAGAACUAAAAAUUGUAUUGAAUUAUCAGUGAAUUCCCUGAUAGUGUGCAUUUAGCAAGUAUAUAAAAGCCAAGAAAAGUGUUUGUGAUGGAUUUUGUCAUACAUGUAGUUAUUGUGAUGAUUCAUAAAGGACUGCAAAGUGACUUGGCAUAGGUUAAUUUGUCUGAAUGUAUUUCAUUUAAGUACACCAGUGUUUCCCUCAAUAGAUUACUAAAAUUAGUUUUAUUUUAACAAUUUACUGACAGAUUUUGUGCUUGUUUACUGUUAUAUUUUAUCAGAUGAUUUAUUGUGUCUAAGAAAGAGAAAAAUUACACAUUUGAGGGUUAAAAAUGGAAAUGUGAAGUCUUUUCCAAGUUUACCUUUUGCUUCUUUGGCUUUGUGUUUGAAAAAUUCAAGAAAUCUUAAUUAUAUAAAAUAUUUUAAGCACUAUUCUGUGUGGAGACAAUUGGCUAGUUUAAAUAUGGAGAUGAAAAUAAGCAAAAUUCAACCUUUGUUGUGUAAGGUUUACAUUGUAUGGACAUUUGUUUUUACUACUUUAGUUAUAGUGCCCUGUGCAACAUGUAUUUUGCAAUUACUUAAUUUAUUUCACUUUCACAACUCGUAACUCGUGCACAUUGAUGAAUGAAGAAUGAGUACCAUUGCUUUUGUUGUAUUCUUUUCACUCUUAGAACAAGUUCAGAUCAUGCUUAGAAUGAUUGUUUUGGUUUUAGAAAAAAAUGUUUUUGACUCCACUUUGAAAUAAAUAGCUUGUUCUGAGACACUCA